AUGCUGGAACGUAAGCAUGUAUCAACCUUCAAAACGCGAGUAUUCCUUUCCAAGAUACACAUGUUGUCUCAAGUAUUAGCAAUGUUACUGCUGAGUGUGGGAGGUGCAGCAGUCUAUAUGAAUAAAAACAAUCUUGGCAAAGAUCACUUCACGUCCACGCACUCGUGGCUUGCAGGUGUGACAGCGACGCUAGCGACGUUCAACAUGCUUGGGGGCCUUGCCACUACUUUUGGUGGCAAGAAGACCAGCUGGCAAUGGAAGAACCCUGGCCACCGCAUUGGUGGUACUCUGGCGUUUGUGGGUGGAGGCUGCAGUGUGAUUUUAGGCAUAUACAGCGGUUCCUGGGGCCCUUCUCAGCUUGGUGAGAAUUUGCAGUUUAAAAUGACCAGUUCCGUGGCUGCUGCAUACUCGUUGCUAUUCCUCAAGAUGGUCAUGAGCAGCUUUGUGGUAAAGAAGAGUGAUUAG